CAGGAUGAUGCGGCUUAAUAUUUUGCUUGCUUGGUGUGGACAGGAGUGUGAUUCCUCGCCAGUUCUAACAAAACACUUAGGUCACCCACCUCUCUUUGAGAGUUUGGCAAGGUAGCCUUGCUAACAAUCUCCAGGUACCUUUCCUUCCUUCCAGACCUUCUGCAAUAGUGGUGUGAAGAUGUCCGCUGCCAUCUCUGUAUCCGCAUUCGGUACUUCUGGUAGAAUUCCAUCUGGUUCUGCUGCUUUCCCGGAUUUCAGCUACCUUGUGGUAUGGCGUUCGGGACUUCUGCUUUUGUCGAAGGACAUGUGUUCACUUGUAGUUCUGCCGUUGCUGGUGGUAUUUCUGGACGAAAUGCAGGUGGUGAUGGUGGUGGUCGAUUCAAGAGUUUUUUGAAGUGGUUGGCCCAUUGUUUCCUUUGUUUCUUCUCUUUGACACUGCGUUUAUCAAGUGAUUUAUCUAACUCUUAUCCUUAUUGGACACUAUAUAUUGAUUAUGGAUGUUAUUACUGUACUCUAUCGAUAUUCAUGGUUGGAAAAUAAUUUGUUUCUUGGGAUUGGAUGCUUAUUUUUCAAUGGACUAUUAUACAUGCUGUUGUGUUUUAGUGACCCAGGUUUUAUUACAUCACGGAAUAAAUCAGUAUAUGCACAUAUUUAUGAAUAUGAUCAUUUUGUAUAUUCUCCUAAACAGUGCAAAGUAUGUUGUCAUGUAAUCCCAGCUAGAGCUAAGCAUUGUUCUCGAUGUGACCACUGUAUAUUCCGAUUCGAUCAUCAUUGUGUAUGGACGAAUUGUUGUAUUGGUGGUCAAAAUCAUGGACUUUUCACUACAUUUCUAUUUUCCGUAUGCCUAAUGAUUGGUAAUACUCUUUGGUUGAGUUGUCGUAUGCUCUACACUUUCACUAUUCAUGAGAAUUUAUGGCACGCUCAUUAUCUGGAUGAAUAUGAUCAAAUGCAUCCAAUGGAUUGGUUUACACUAUCCCAGCAUCUGUUUAUGACAUUUCCUCGUGUUGUGGGUAUGAUUGGCAUGUUGAUUGUGGCCGAAUUAUUAUUGAUUUACUAUUUAGUAUUUCAUAUCUGGCUUAUUCUUAUCAACUGUACAUCAUAUGAAUAUUUUCAAGGGAAAAAGUUAAUCAACAGCAAAUGUUAUACACAUGAAGAUGAUGAUGAGGACGAUGAAUUGUUGUUGGGAACGGAACUAAUGAAUAAUUCUUCAGCAUUUAUAGAUAGUGAAAUAAUGAUGUCGAAAGUUAUGACAUCUACUAGAUUGACUACUAAAGUAAGACGACAAUCAACGUUGAAUGACAGACGAAAGUUGUCAAAUUAUUCAACUAGUAUAAAAGAAGCAUACAAUGUGCAUAAUAAUUAUAGAAAUUUUUAUAAUAAAGGCAUAUGGAAUAAUCUAUUGGAAGUUUAUGCCCAGAGUACGUCUUAUUCACUCAGAGAACUUAAACAUCGUCUUCCUGUACAAUUAACAUUUAAGACUCGUUAA